UUCGUGUGUUCUAUUUUGAUGUUAUUCAUAGUUUAUUAUGAGGGUAUUGCAGCGUUAAUGAAGUACGUACGUAGAGCUGAGGGCGUAUUCCGUAUGCAAAUAUUUACCCUGAGCAGGAGUUCAAGUAGAUCUCAUGGGCUUUUAAAAUCAUCCAAAGAGAACCCAUUUUUCCACCCUCUUAGAACAUUGCCACUGUCUUCUCCAAAACUCCGGCGAUGCUGGCCCGGCGGCCCGACCGAGAUCUACCCAUCCCGGCUGCCGGCUCUUCUUCAUGCCGCCGCCCAACAAGCCCAUUGGAACGCAACCCGCAGCCAUCCAAGGGAUGGAAAAAGAAAGAAUCCGACGGUGUAGGGCUCGGCAUCCUCGCACAGCUGAGCAAGGCUCGAAGCCGUGGAGACGAUGCAACUGCUGAGCUCGCCAACCUAUCGGCCGCCGGAGAAGGUUUUCCGGUAGCUGAUUUUCUCAGCUGCUGUUACUUGUGCAGGAAAAGGCUCCAUGGCAAAGAUAUAUAUAUGUACAGAGGGGAGAAGGCUUUUUGCAGCAUGGACUGCAGAUAUCAGCAAAUUGUGAGCGAGGAGUACAUGGAAUAUUGAAGGUCUGAAGACAUCAGACUGCCUGCCAGAUCUGUAAUUAAUUCUAAUGAUGGAGAAAUGCUGAGAAAUGCUGAGGGUAGGGUGAUUGUUGCAAAGAAUCAGAAAAAUGGUUAACUGAUCAGUGAGUUUUAAAGUUUUUUUUUUUUUUUUUUUGCAGAAUAAUCCCUCUUUCUAAACUUUAUGAUCUGUAAUGAUUGUAUAUAUUUUAUGUUUUCACUUGUUGAUGCAAAUAUAUGCAGUUGUGGA